GGUUGUUGUUGGUAAAUGGCAGAGCACGUCGAGAGAGCGAAAUUUGACGGACAAGAUCCAAAAGACGUGUGCUGAAAAGCAACAGGAAAAACCAUUCGUGUGCUCAGCUGUCAUGUCCGUGCACUCAACACAUUGGUCAAUUGAAGCGCAAAACCGGAUCUUCUUGUUUCACCCCACCCUGCACAACAAUGAUGACGUGGUCCGCUUCAUUUAGCCACAGUUUUAAACUAUUGUUGCGAAUUAGUCGACAAUAGCUAUAAGACUUUAGUGAGCUGCUGUUCAGGUAAAUCCUGUUAGCGGGGAAGUCCUUGUUGUCAAAGAGUGCACAACCAUGAUCUGCACAUGCUUACCAGGACAUUUCACGGAGAAAAGGUCAAAUUGACUGGACAACGUUGGUGUACAAAAAGUGUAAGUGACUUGGACUAAACACUACGAUGAUUUACACCCUGAAAAGGUCAUGAAGAUAUCCAGAUCACGGACAACCUGGGCGGGCUUUCUGUUUAUGCUGGCGGCGAUGUUCGCCUUGUAUCGCGACCCAUUUGUAAUCCUCUGGUGGCCUCCAGAACCUGCCCAGCCAUUCAAACACUGUUGGCGGGAGCUGCCAUGCAAGGCCCUAACUACGACCCAUCAGGAGCAAGGGUGAAGUGUCUUGCUCAAGGACACAACGGACGUAACUUGAGUCCUGAUCAUGCACCUCUCAACAUGGAGACCCAGUCCAUUGAUGACAUGUACGAGGGUUGCCGCUCUAAAAUGGACGAAGUGAUUGACCUGAUUGGCGUCUUUGAGCGCCGCAACAACAAACCAUUUGGUUCUGCUUGGGCAUUUGCUGAAACGCGUGCAAGAACACCCGUGCACAAGGACAUGAAGCGGCAACACGCCAUCGCGUUGUACGUCUACACCAGUGCACCUGCGGUCCGACGUGAGUUCAACGCCGCAGUUAAGGAAGGGAAACGAAACUACGGCACGCAUGAAUUUCAGUUCCAUUACUUUUAUUUCUACUUGACGGAAGUUAUCCAGCUGCUGCGUCGGAAUCUCACGUCCUGCGGAACCAGCUACCACCGGACCUCGGAACGCUACGACCUCAAUGUGGCGAACACAAAGAUGCGUUUCGGCGCUUACGUUUGGGCAGCGUCAAACAAGCAGACGUUUGAGUCCAUCGGACAAGUUUCCUGCUUUGAGAUCCACAGUUGCCUUGGUGCUGAUGUGACGUUCUACUCUGCUAACAGCCAACCGGGACAGGUUCUGAUUCCCCCGUACGAGGUUUUUACCGUCACUGAGGUACUAAAAGAUGAACAAUGGUGUAAUGUCGUCUAUAAAAUACAAAGCAGCCAAACUUUCAGAGCAGAUCUGAAUUGUGAACUGAAUAUACAGCAAAUAAAAACAUUUUUAUAGUCUUUACAAA